AUGCGGAUCAUGAUCAAGGGCGGCGUGUGGAAAAACACGGAAGAUGAGAUCCUCAAGGCGGCCGUGAUGAAGUACGGCAUGAACCAAUGGGCGCGCGUCGCGUCUCUGCUGUCGCGCAAGUCGGCCAAGCAGUGCAAAGCGCGGUGGUACGAGUGGCUCGACCCGAGCAUCAAGAAGACCGAGUGGAGCCGCGAGGAAGAGGAGAAGCUGCUGCACCUCGCGAAGCUCAUGCCCUCGCAGUGGCGCACGAUCGCUCCCAUCGUGGGUCGCACGGCAGCGCAGUGCAUGGAGCACUACGAGCGGCUCCUGGACGCAGCGCAGCAGAAAGACGGCGUUGACGUGAGUGACGAUCCGAGACGACUGCGUCCUGGCGAGAUUGACCCGAACCCGGAGAACAAACCGGCGCGCCCGGAUCCCGUGGACAUGGACGAAGACGAGAAGGAGAUGCUGUCGGAAGCACGAGCUCGUUUGGCCAACACGAAGGGCAAAAAGGCCAAGCGAAAGGCCCGUGAGAAGCAGCUCGAAGAAGCACGACGACUCGCUGCGUUGCAAAAGAAACGAGAGCUUAAGAUGGCGGGUAUUUUGUCGUCGAAGCCGAGUGUGCACAUGAAGAAACGCAAGUACAUUGACUACGCCACCGAGAUCCCGUUUGAAAAGAAAGCACCGGCUGGGUUUUAUGACGUGUCGGAGGAAAAACGCAUUACGAGCAAAGGGCUGGACCCGAAGCGUGCAGCGCUGCAACUGGACAAGCUAGAAGGCGUCCGACGCGAUGCCCAAGAGAAGAAGGAGCGCAAACAAGAUGCGAAGCGGCAGAAAUCGCUUGUGAAGUCCAACCUGCCGCAGAUCAUUGCUGCAGUCAACGCGAAGAACGAUCCGAUAAAUGCCAUCAAGCGCACAGCGUUGGAGCUGCCUGCUCCAGUGGUGUCCAACGACGAAUUGAGCGAUCUGGCCAAGUUGGGUAUGCACGCCUCCCAUGCAGCUGCGCUCGCUUUAGAGAACGAAUCGGCACUCGAGACGCGUGCUCUCAUGGGCGAUUAUCUAGCCACGCCACUGCUUUCUGGAGCCCGAGGGAAUGCGACGGCCACGCCGUCGAUUCGUGAUGUGCACGACAACAUAAUGCAGGAAACGGCGAAUCUACUAGCCAUGCGCAACAGCGCGACUCCUCUUCUCGGUGGCGAGAAUGUUGAGCUGUACGAGGGAACGGGUUACGCUGGUGCGACCCCACAGCGGACACCCUCGUCAGCUGUAGCUAGUUCGGCGGGGGACAACACACCUGGGCGAACGUCUCUACGCGACGAGUUGGGCAUCAACCCAGUCCAGCUUUAUGGCACAGAGGCUGAGAACGCCAGAGUGGAAAAGGCUCGGACCAAGCGAUUAACGACCAGCCUUCGUCGAGAUUUCGAUAGUUUGCCCGCGCCACAAAAUGAGUACGAGAUCAAUAUUCCUGAGAAAGAGGAAGUGGAUGACGAGCACGUCGCUGGUCUUCGGGAGAUGGAUGCUGGAGAACAAGAGGCUCGCGCGCAACAGCAGCGCGAGCUAGAACGAGAGCUCGAACUGAAACGGCGGUCCACUGCUGUGCAGAAGGGUCUUCCGCGUCCGUCGAAGGUAAAGAAAGUGCUGAUCCAUAGCGCAGUGAGGGAAGUUGCGGACGAGAUGUACCGCAUGCUCGAACACGAUCUUGCUGCGUAUCCCGUGAAUGAUAGCAAGUCGAAGAGAAGCAAGAAGCGCAAAAGCACAUCCAGUGCUGCUGCUGCCCUCCCGCGUCUACAGCAGUUCUCCGAUACUGAGAUGGAGCGGGCGCGGCAGAUGGUACACAUUGAGGCGAGUCUAUGUGGCGCGGAGAACGUGUGGAAGUCCGUAGAUGCUUCCGUUUUGAGUGCGAAGUGGAGUGAAGCGCAGGCUUGUUUUUUUGCCAAGGCGGAGAGUGAAGGAAAAAGCGACGGUGUGUUUUUUAAGUUUGCUUCAUCGGAGAAGGACAAGUUGCGUGCUGUGCAAGCCCGCUUUGCUGAGCUAAAAGAGUCGAAGCAGCUUCUUGCUAAGCGUGCACAAAAGCUCGAUGAGCGAGCGCGGGUUGUUAAUGGUGGGUUUUACCGGCGCUUGCAACGGGGCCUGGAGGCACUGCACGAUCAUGUGACGGAGCUUCAGGACGCGACGGUCGAACAGGCAUGUUUCGAGAAUUUGGCAAGCCUCGAAAGCCAGGCUUUGCAGAGUCGCAUGGCACGACUGGCGACCGACUUGAAUAUGCAGCAGUUGUUUGAAGUCAAGUUACAGAAGCAGUACGCAUCACUGCUGCAAGAGCAGCAACAGUGA